AUGGCAUCUCAAUCAUUCCCUCCUCCUCCCGUCGACACUAUCGACUGGAGCAAUAUCGGCUUUAAAGUUCGCGAAGUUAACGGCCAUGUCGAAUCCCACUAUACCCCAGCCACGAAAUCCUGGUCACCCCCCAAACUAGUCAAAUCCCCCUACCUUCCGAUCCACGGGAUGGCUCCAGGGUUGAACUACGGCCAACAAGCGUACGAAGGCCUCAAGGCUUUCCGACACCCCAAUAACAGCAAGAUCACAAUUUUCCGGCCGGACCGCAAUGCUCUGCGCAUGCAGCGCUCUGCUUCGUUUAUAUCAAUCCCACCUGUCCCGGAAGAUCUCUUUCUGGAAGCCGUCGAAUUGGCCGUUGGGGCGAACGCGGGAUUCGUUCCUCCUCAUGAAACAGGGGCCGCGAUGUACAUCCGUCCGCUUAUCUUUGGGUCUUCAGCGCAAUUAGGCCUCUCCCCGCCGGAAGAGUAUACCUUUGUAGUCUUUGUCAUGCCGACUGGUGUAUACCACGGCGUGCAUGCAGUUGACGCAUUAAUACUGGAGGAUUUCGACCGUGCAGCACCCGAGGGAACAGGGAGUGCAAAAGUUGGCGGAAACUAUGCGCCUGUUCUGAGACACAGUGCGAAAGCUCAUGCCGAGGGGUUCGGGAUUACACUGCAUCUAGAUAGCCGGACGCGUUCGGAAAUAGAUGAGUUUUCGACGAGCGGCAUGAUCGCUGUUAAGAAGAAUAAGGAGUCUGGGAAGGUUACGCUGGUCCAGCCGGAUAGCCCUAAUGUUAUUGACAGUGUGACUGCGGCAUCGGUCUGCGAGAUCGGGAAACUUUGGUUCGGAUAUGAUGUUGAGAAGCGGAGGAUUCCCUAUGAAGAGUUGAAUGAGUUUGACGAGGUGAUGGCUGCUGGUACGGCGGCGGCAUUGGUGCCUAUUCGGAGUAUCACGAGGCGAUCUAGUGGGAAUAGGUUUGAAUAUGAGUGUGGCGGGGAGGAGGCAGGAGGCGGAGAGGUCUGUGUGAAGCUUCUGAGGACGUUGAAGGGGAUCCAGCUCGGGAAGAUUGAAGAGACCUUGGGAUGGAAUCGCGUUGUCAAGGCUCCGCCGGCGGAGUGGGUGGGCGCUGCUGAUGAGAAGGAGGAGGCGGGGAUUGAGGUCCCUCAAGCCUGUCGCAUGAUUUGUACUGCAUCCAAUUGGUACUAAAAGUGCUUUCAUGGUUCAGCCAUAAGACGCUACUUGUUGUCCUAUAAUACUACACGU